AUGAAAAUAACUCAAAAUGCUUCACAAAAACUCUUUGUUUAUAAUCACAAUCACAAUAAAAAUCAACCAUCCAAACUUAAAUAUCAUUACACCAUAUAUUUUAAUAGUCAUGACUCAUCCAUCUAUCAACUCAAAGUAAAAAUUAAAUAAAUUACUUUGAUUCCUAAUUUAAUUUAUGUUUCAUUUACAGUGUCUUUUAAUAAAGCAUUUGAUUAAUGUGUGCUAUAAUUAUUUAAUUUUAUUUAUUAACUUUUUAGUUAUUCUGUUAUAUAUUAGGAACCAAUUUACUAAUAUCUAGAUAUCUAGAAUUAUGUUUCAAUAUAAUAAUUAUAUAUAUUUUAGGAAUUCUUUAGAAAUAGGAUAUAAAUCUUUGGAAUUAUUAUUUUCAUACUUUAUUUUAACUUACUUUUUGUUACUUUGAGUUUCAUACUUUCCAAGGUUAGUAAUUAUCUUAAAUGA